AUCAACAUGGCUUUUCAGAGUUGUGGGUCGCUUCUGUGUAAAGUAGCCUUGUUUUUGUUGUUUUCCGUGUGCGUUGUUGGAGAGUAUAAAGGAUUCAAGAAAUUUAGACAAGUGCAGGAAAGCAGCCAGAGAGCUGUGUUUGAGGAGCUGUGGUUCCCUCAGACACUGGAUCAUUUCAAUGGUGCAGACAGCAGAGAGUGGAAGCAGAGGUACUUUGUAAAUGAAGCCUUCUAUAAGCCGGGGGGUCCAGUGUUUCUGAUGAUAGGUGGAGAGGGCCCAGCCAACCCAGCCUGGAUGCAUACCGGCACCUGGCUCACCUACGCUGAGAAACUCGGAGCGCUUUGCUUGAUGCUGGAACAUCGCUUCUAUGGAAAGAGUCACCCGACUGUUGACCUCAGCACGGACAACCUGCGUUUCCUCAGUAGCCGUCAGGCGUUGGCUGACCUGGCACACUUCCGCACCGUGAUGGCAGAGACCCGAGGGCUGACCAAUAGCAAGUGGGUGGCGUUCGGCGGGUCGUACCCGGGUUCUCUCGCCACUUGGUUCAGACUGAAGUAUCCUCACCUGGUCCAUGCGUCUGUGGCCACGAGUGCACCUGUUUUUGCUACUGUUAACUUCCCAGAGUACUUAGAGGUCGUGUGGCGUUCGCUGGCUUCAGAGAACGCAGAGUGUCCCCUAAUGGUGAAAAAGGCUUCGGAUACCCUUGUGGAGCGCCUGAAGGACCCCAAGACCUAUGACAACAUCACCAAAGACUUCAACUUGUGUUCCAAACUGCAGAUCCAGACAGAGAUGGACUCUGCCUACUUCUUGGAAACUCUGGCUGGCGGCGUCAUGGAUGUGGUCCAGUACAAUGAAGACAACAGGGGGUUUGAGGGCGUGCCGGGCACCAACAUCACCAUCAAGGUGCUGUGUGGCAUGAUGGGUGACACCUCACUGGGGGAGCCUUAUGCCCGCUUUGUUGCUGUGGCUCACCUCAUGAUGGACACCUUCUUUAUCAAAUGCCUGGAUGCCAGCUUCAGUAACUACCUCCGAGACAUGACUAACACAUCGUGGGAUGGGCCGGCUGCAGGGGGAGGGCGACAGUGGGUCUACCAGACCUGCACUGAAUUUGGAUUCUUCCAGAGCACCGACUCGCCCAACCAGCCAUUCACUGGCUUCCCUCUUGAGUAUCAUGUGAAACAGUGUGCAGAUUUCUAUAAUGUCAGCGCUGAGCAGCUGGAGAAGGCCGUCGCUCAGACCAAUGAGUAUUACGGCGGCUAUGACAUCCGCUCCAGCAGAAUAGUUCUUCCAAACGGGUCCAUUGACCCCUGGCACGCCUUGGGAAUCACCCAGGACAUCUCACCCGAUCUCCCUGCUGUUUUCAUCAAAGGAACAGCCCAUUGUGCCAACAUGUACCCUGCCAGGAGCGAGGAUCUCCCCCAGCUGACUCUGGCCCGUGACCACAUCUUCUUACUGCUCCAGAAGUGGUUGAAGCAAUAACUGACAGUCGAACCGGCCAAUCGAUGGCUUUGCAAAGCAAACUAAUCACUCUUUUGUUCAGAUUAUUGACAUUAGAGUGAGACUGCUUAUUUUACUGCCACGUUUAUUACGUCUUGAAAAAGCACUUUACUCGCAUAUCUGUGGGUACAAAGUUCAGGAAUUUAAAAUGAGUGGUUUGAUUAUAAAGAUGAAUAAAGAAUAGUUUUUUAUCACUA